AUAAGUUCUGGUCUCACGGUUCUGCAGCAUCUGGGGAAAAGAGAGGCUGUUAGCACCGUUCGGACUGGCGUAGACAGGUCCGAAACGAUUACUCCGAUUAAUCGUGAUUAUUGAGAUUAAUCGUCAGCUAAUUUAGUUGUCGAUUAAUUGUUAACUGGAGCACACAGACUCCAAAAGAAACCAUCUGAUGAAAGAAAAACAUACAGAGAGCAAUAAUAAGGCCGAAACUGAGCAAAAAAGACAUACAUUUUGCAUUUAAGACAAAUAAACGUUUACCCAAAACUCUUCAUGCGGCACCUGGUCAGAAGAAAAAUCGCAUGUUAAGCACCUUUUCAGUUGUUAAUAGUAGUUAACAUAUUAAUUUUAUUGAAUCAAACAGAAAUCAUGUAAGGUACAUGCAUAAUUUCUGCCAUUUAAUGUAGGACAGUAAACCAGAGUUAGCCUCAAGUUACAUUUAAUCUGCAACCCUAACUACACAUUUAUAGUGUUUUUGGUGCUUUAUGUAACAGUUAUUCAGUUUUCCUUUAUUGGAUUAAAUAUGAAAAAAACACAACAGUCAAGUGAUUUGGAAUACGGGUGUCUCCCAAAAAGUUGUCACUUUGAGUUUUUUUCCUUCCUUUUAUGUUUUCUUGCUUACUGACUGUCCUCAGAGGGAGCAGUAAGAGGUUGAAACAGGAGUGGGCGGAAUACCACAGAGGAUCUGCAACUAGUCACUAUGAAUUUUAAUGCUUUUGUUUUAAUUUGACACGUGCCCUCAGUUUUCUCCUGCUGUUUGGUUAUAGAAACAGGACCCAAGCUAGGGGUCGGAAAAACAGCCAAGACUGGGCGAAGUGCGUGAUUUCCCGCGGCCUGGAGGCUGAUAGAAAGUUCAUAUUUCUAUGUUUUCAAUGUGGUCUAACAGGCACCAGUUGCAAACGAGUGAAUGAAUGAAUUUUUGGACCGAAGCCACACAGCAGUCAUUUCAAACCAUCUGUUACAUUCACUACCAAUCUUAAGGUGUCUAGCUGCUGGAUUGUGACCAGAUUUUAAGCAUCCACAGAACUGUUGUCCGUAUCUGCUGACUCGGGUUCAAAAUUCAAAAACAAUGUACAGGAGCAAGAGGAGAACAAAUGGAGACGGAAAACUAUACAAUAAAACACGUUUUAUAACAGGUUUGUAAUCUGUCAGAAGAGCCUAUUUUCACAUUUUGUUAGAAUAAAAAUGUUCUCUUUUCAACAAGACGCCGCUCCUGAAUUUUCUUCUCUUUUCUUUUUUCCAAAAUCUGCCAGUGAAACACUUCUCUAAGGAAUAAAGGACAACAGAGAUGUUACCAAAACUGGACAUUUCUCCAGCGUUGUUUAAAAGAUUUGACUAACAGGGAGGUUUCCAAGAGGCCAAUCAACAUCAGUUUGGUGUUGCUCAUCUAUUAUGUCAUCAAUGCUCAGGCUAGUUAGGUUAUUGGCCUAAUUCUAUUUAUGACCCAUAUAGGAACUAUGGUAGAUUCAAGACAUAAAUCUUUACCAACAAAAAACAAACAAGUAUAAAGAUAACGUGGUUUAAAAAAGUAAAUGCUUUUUCAGAAGACCUUCAAUAGUCUAACAACAUUACCUCUAAUUCAUCAUGGUGGCAGUCGUUAAAUGACCCCUGGAGUCGGAGUGUGACCUCCUGGGAGGUUCUGCUCUAUUCUGGAGAGAUAGAAGUGAUAUAAUGUUAGUUUGAUGGACGGACGGAGGGAGGAGAAAAUGAGAUGGACCAGGGCCAAUGAUCUGCAAGCGCAGGAACUAAAGAAGAGGCAGAGAAAUGAUUUCAUUGAGAGCUGGUUCUCUACCCAGACUGGGGGAAAAAAUGGGAGCAUGCUACAGAGGAUGAGAGGAUGAGGAGCAGCCAGGUGUUUUAGCCCAUUUAGGGGCAUUAUUAUUAUUAUUAUUAUUAUUAAUAAAACAUUUUGUCCCCCUCCAAAAAAAAUGAGAACCACAUCCAAGACCCCGCACUAACGCAGGCUGAGGAGAAACUGGACGCGUCUCUACUCCUUAAUGUUCCCAAACGGAGCGGAGCAGAGAGCGGUACUGGCUCGCGGCCGAUGCCCGGAGGAGAGCUGCUGCUGCGGCGGCGGCGGCGGCGGCGGACCAGAGGGAAGGCGGCACCCGAGAGUCGCUGUUCACUACCGGGGAUCUAGGCGAACCUCGCCGAGGCUGAGGCUGCGGGCAUGGGCUGUGCUCCCAGCAUCCACGUCUCUCAGAGCGGGGUGAUCUACUGCCGGGACUCGGACGAGUCCAACUCCCCCCACCAGACCACCACCAUCUCCCAGGGCACGGCGGCCGCCACGCUGCACGGGCUCUUCAUCAAGACGGACGCGGCCGAGACCAUCCCCUCGGUCAUCACCUACCAGAGCCGCCACUCGCGCAACAACUCGCACCGGGAGCGAAGGGAGAACAGCGGGGGGCACGUCCGCAUCGAGGCCGAGACCCAGACCAGCCUCGCCAGCCUUAAGGUUUCUGCCACAGAAGAAUGUGUGGGACCUAUGAGGCUGACUAAGGAGCCAAUUCAAGUUCUGCUGGUGUUCGCUAAGGAGGACAGCCAGAGCGAUGCCUUCUGGUGGGCCUGCGACCGCGCCGGCUUCCGGUGCAACAUCGCGCGGACGCCCGAGUCUGCCGUCGAGUGUUUCCUGGACAAGCACCACGAGAUCAUCGUCAUUGACGGACGUCACUCGCGCUACUUUGAGCCCGAAGCCGUCUGCCGGAUGAUCCGCGCCACAAAGCCCUCGGAAAGCACGGUUAUACUUGCUGUCGUAGCACAAAAACUCCCGGACCAAGAGGAACCGUCCGUUCUCCCUCUCCUCUGCGCUGGAUUUAGCAGAAGGUUCGUGGAGAACAGCAGCGUGUCAGCGUGCUAUAACGAACUCAUCCAGACCGAACAUGGAGAGGUGCGCUGCCAGUUCAAACUCAGGGCCUGCAACUCUGUCUUUACGGCCUUGGAGUACUGCCAAGAGGCCGUGGAAAUCACCAGUGAGGAUCACAUCAUUCAGUAUGUGAACCCGGCCUUUGAGAGGAUGAUGGGAUACCACAGGGGGGAGUUGAUUGGAAAAGAACUGACCGAACUUCCCAAGAGCGACAAGAACAGAGCCGAUCUACUCGAUACAAUCAACACCUGCAUCAAAAAAGGCAAAGAAUGGCAAGGCAUUUACUUUGCCAGGAAGAAGUCAGGCGACAGCAUUCAGCAGCAAGUGAAGAUACUGCCUGUCAUCGGCCAGGGAGGAAAAAUCCGACAUUUCGUAGCCAUCAAGCGAGCUCAUACCGACAACAACAAUCAGGUCCUCAAAAUGAACAAGGAAGACAGAUGCAGCGGGGACCUUUCUCAAUCAGAGUGCCAUUCACUGCGACACAGGGACAGACGGAAAGAUUCGAUCGACGCCAGAUCGGUUGGUUCCCGUGGCAGCGACGCUCCUAGUUUACAGAACCGGAGAUAUUCUUCUGUUGCAAGAAUCCAUUCGAUGACAAUUGAGGCUCCCAUCACCAAGGUAAUAAACAUCAUCAACGCGGCCCAGGAGAGCAGUCCGGUGACGGUCGCCGAGGCUCUGGACCGCGUGCUGGAGAUCCUGAGGACCACCGAGCUUUACUCCCCCCAGCUGGCUUCCAAAGACGACGACCCCCACACCAACGACCUGGUCGGGGGGCUCAUGACUGACGGGCUGCGGCGGCUCUCUGGGAAUGAAUAUGUUUUCAGCAAAAAUAUGAGCCAGAGCCAGCUGACCAUCCCGGUAACGCUCAACGACGUUCCUCCGUCCAUCGCCGAGAUGCUGAACGACGAGGAGCGCUGGGAGUUCAACAUCCUGGACCUGGAGGCAGCCACGCAUAAAAGACCCCUCACUUACCUCGGCUUGAAGAUUUUCACCAGUUUCGGAGUGUGUGACUUCCUGAACUGCUCCGAGGCGACGCUGCGCUCUUGGCUGCAGCUCAUGGAGGCCAACUAUCACUCCUCCAACUCCUACCACAACUCCACGCAUGCUGCAGACGUCCUGCACGCCACGGCCUACUUCCUGCGCAAGGAGAGAGUCAAGAGCAGCCUGGACCAGCUGGACGAGGUGGCGGCGCUGAUAGCCGCCACAGUCCACGACGUGGACCACCCGGGCCGGACCAACUCCUUCCUGUGCAACGCGGGCAGCGAGCUGGCCGUCCUCUACAACGACACGGCCGUGCUGGAGAGCCACCACGCCGCGCUCGCCUUCCAGCUCACCAUGCGCGACGGCAAGAGCAACGUCUUUAAGAACAUCGACAGGAAUCAGUUCCGAACGCUGCGCCAGGCCAUCAUCGACAUGGUGCUCGCCACCGAGAUGACCCGCCACUUUGAGCAUGUCAGCAAGUUCGUCAACAGCAUCAACAAGCCAAUGGCUGCCAUCGAAGAGACCAGCACCAAUAGCACGAACAGCGACUGCGAGGGCCAGAGCAACAUCAGAAACUCUCCAGAGAACCGCCUGCUGAUAAAGCGGAUGCUAAUCAAGUGUGCAGAUGUGGCGAACCCCUGCAGGCCUCUGGAGCUCUGCAUCGAGUGGGCGGGCCGGAUCUCAGAGGAGUACUUCGCCCAGACGGACGAGGAGAAGCGACAAGGGCUGCCCGUGGUGAUGCCCGUGUUCGACAGAAACACCUGCAGCGUGCCCAAAUCCCAGAUCUCCUUCAUAGACUAUUUCAUCACAGAUAUGUUUGACGCCUGGGACGCCUUUGCCAGCCUCCCCAACCUGAUGGAGCACUUGUCCGAGAACUACAAGUACUGGAAGAACCUGGACGACAUGAAGUGCAAGAGCCUGCGUCCUCCGCCGCCCUCCUGACUUCCUGCUCUCCUCUCUGGCACCGUGACCCUGACCGGACGCUAAAACAGUUAGUCAUUUCAGCCACAGCGCUAAAGUAGCGCGUACGGCGAGAAAACGGGGCCAAUUUCCUGCCUGAGAGGAACGAGAUCGCUGACUGACGAGCACUGUGGUGCUGAUCCCGUCUUCAAUCUCAGACGCUUUUCUCGUUCCAGCUGAACAUGGUGUUCCACCGCCAUGGGAAAAGAAAAAACAAGUUUUCAUCUGGCAGCCCAAAUUGCUGUCAUCCGGCAUUUUCUUCUGGCGCCUCUUUGAAACUGCCUGGACCUCGCGGCUCACCUGACAAUCUGUACCAUACAGCGUAACACUCCUAAAAUCUGCACUUUAGCAAAUCAAGACCUUUGGAUUUCGAGCUCCGUUUUGCUCUUUACUUUUUAUUAUUAUUAUUAUUUUCUUUUAACCUUGUCAUUUUAUAUCUGGGUGUGGUUCCAAAAGAGCGACGAGACCAAGAGGCGCUUGGCUAAAAGGUGAGCAUCUCUAGCGAUUGUGCUUCUUCGUAGAUGUGAGUUCGCAUCUCUAAAACUUCCGAUACAGACUUGUGAAGGUGCUCACCUGAAAUUAUUCAUCCUUAAUGUCUAUAAAAAACAAAACAAUAAAAACAUAUAUAUGGGACCAAACUGUAAGCAUCCCCAGUAGCCCUGAGCAGGAAGAGUGUCAGGGGAGAUUCCAAGAACAGAUCUCUGGAAGCAGCGGGGUGCGCCGAUAGUUCAGCCUCAUAGAUAAAACCUGACAACCAAGGGCUGUUCUGUGUGCUGCGGACGUCUUAAGGUCAUGUAGCCUGAGAAAAAAGAUAGAAUCUGCAGCUUUAGCUUCUUUCCCGUCUUUAAUGUGUGUAAAAGCAGCCGAUGUGGACGAUGGAGAUGCUUUCAACGAACAGAAUGCGCUGCACCGGGGUAAAUGUCGAACUUUUAGCUUUGCGACACAAACUGUAGAAAUGAACUGUGAGCAUCUGAGCAGGUUUCAUGUGGACAAAACUUUUAUUUUAGUAGUUUGGGGAGGAAAUUGAGCUCAUAGAGCUCCCUCACCCCCCAAACAAAUUCAAUUGUUACAUUGAGAACAUUCAGCCAUUUAUUUUCUGAUUUGUCACACGUCUUUACAAACAAACGUGGCUCAGUCUGACCCAUGAGUUGUUACCCAGUAAGAUCUCUGAAGCCGUAAACACGACCAAUGAAAAAUCAGUUGAGUUUUUUAAAAGACACAAAAAAAAAAAGAGAGAAGAAAACCUGAUCAAAUCACGGAUAUGGUAUGUAUGCCCUCUGGUGGACAUAACAAAGAUUUGCACAUCAAACCAGCAGUUAAAUGUGAGCAAGAAAUCACUUCUUCUAUAAUUGGACAUUUAUUCAUACAUGAUUUUUUUUUUCUUUUUUUUUAACAGAUACGCAAAUUUUCUUUGAGUUGAAAAAGUAUUGGCAACCAUUUAAGCAGCCAGAGGAGAUUAUGGCGGCGAUGGUGAUCCUCUGGGCUGCAGCCACACAGCUACACACUGCAGAAUCAACCAAAGGCACAAAGAUUCCCUCAUAGGUGCCUUAUAUCUCACUUUUCUCCUCACACACUACAACAUAUUCAUAGUAAUGGCUCCUGCUUUCUAUACAAAGUGAAUCACAAGAAAAGCCAUAAUUGUCAUGGGUGAUUUUUAGGAUAAAAGAAAACACAUCUGCGACGUUGUUUCAUGGUCUUCAGUCGUCCCGUCACAGAGGUCCUGGGUUUUAAACUAAAAGGUUGCAUUUGUUGGUUCGUUUUGCUCAUGGUUUCAAACAACUUUAAAAAACCACACACACAACUUUGUCCAACAUCACUGUAUUUGUUGUCACUUUAAUGAUGAUCACUUUCUUACGAAAACGCCUUAAUCCUGUCGUGUGUCGCUGUUUGGGUGUGCUUUGCUUGUGCCGCACUGUAAAACUACUUGAUGCACCUGCUGUUCAUGUAAAUACUCAGCUAACACGCUGGUUUUCAUUUGCCUUGCUUCGCUUUUAAUGUUUCUUCUUAUUUACUAAGGGGUGCACCGAUGAUUCAGCACCGAUUUCCUCAAUUUUGGGAGAUCGGCAAUUGGCCAAAGACACUUAAAUGUGAAAUUGAUCUUAUCUAACGCCACAAAAACCUAAAAAUCGCCCCCAUUUGCGCAGCCUGGCUGACGACCCCCACAUCAGGUCACGGUUUGCUAACUUAGCGACUUUGUUGCCAUAUUAAGUGACUUUUCAGACAAAAUUAAUUGGUGAAAAUUGGAAUCGGCAGGUCAGGCUAUGAAAGAUAGUUGAUCGGCCAGAAAGCUGCAGUCGGUGCUCCCGUUAUUCACAUUUCGUUCCAUCGUGUCCAAAAAUACAGUGACCUGGAACACGGUUCCAGCUCGGAUUGUUUCACGGCCAUGAGUGGAUAUUUUUGCUAUCCUGUAACUAGAAAUUUUAGAGAGACAGAGAGAGAUUUUAGACCACAGACAGCCAUGCCUUUUCCACUGAGCAGCCACUACUUGAAUGCAACAUGCAUUCUGUGUCUUUUAGCCUGGCAGAACCACAGACAGCUUCGCCUUCAGUGACGGCCGUGCCAACUCUGAGCUUUGCACCAUUUAUAGAUGAAAACCGUCAUCAGAGAGUGGUAUAUAUAUAUGUAGAGUUGAGAAAAAUCUAUUUUUGAAAAAAUUAUUAUUAUUGCCCGUGACAACUGUACUGUGUUUUUAAAGAUUUUACUGCCUCUUGCAUAAUAGUUGUAAGUUUUACGCUCCACCUUCCUAAAGUCUGCCAUGGCUGAUUGUUUUGAAAGCUUUGUGUAUUUUUCUCUCGCCACAUUAUGUCUUAUUUUUGAUGUUUUCUGUCAAACAAAAAAAGUAUUGUGAGAGAUGAAUAAAGCAUUAUUUAACUAUGAA